GUGCACAACACAACACAACGAGCGAAGUGUCAUUCAGUGAAAAUAGAAGAAGCUUGAAAAAUUGUAUAAAUUUGGUGACCAAAACGACGCAUCAGCUGCUGCAGUGCUGAAUUCUUAGCUGAGCGUGCAUCUGAUAGAAACAUGAGCGCCGAAACUCCAACUGGUAUUAGCCGAACCGUUACCGAAACAAUCCUUCAGGAUGAAUCGGUUCCCGGCACGAGCAGCAGCGGCCCGCAGGAACCGCCUGUACUACGGUUACGGUUGCAAAAGCCACGCAACGGCAAAAAAGUACAAUGGACAAACGGAACCGUCGACAACGAGCAUAUGAACAAGAAAAAGUCCAAAUGUUGUUGCAUCUACGUGAAACCGCGAGCCUUCGGCGAAAGCUCAUCCGAAAGUGAAGAUGAGUGUGAACACUGCUUUGGCCAUGUUGAGUUGAAGAAAAAGAACCAGAAAGUUCCCCCGAUGCCAGUGAAACGUGAUGACGGGGAUAACGACGACGGGGAACCACAUAAUGCUGACGGUAUUGGCGGAAACUCCUUGGGAUCGUCAAACGGCGGUACUCCGUCGGAACCACCGUCAGCAUCGGGCGGAGAGUAGUGAAGUGAAGUGGUGAAUGCUUGCUUUUUGGUUCUGUAUUCAAAAGAAAACAUAACGAUCAACUGAAGAAUUGGCAGCGAAGUUUCUACCUACAAACCUUUUAAGCAAUUAUGUUAACUUUAAAAAUAAUUGUAAUAUAAAUGUUUUCGAACCAAAUAUGUACAUAAAUCGGAUGUUAAUAAAUUAGACAUUUUAAGAUAAUUUA